UCAAAUAAUCGUUUGUUGAUAGCUCCAGAUGUUUCUAUUCGUCGGGCUUACAGUAAGAAACAGUUUCAGGGCAGUGUUUUGAAUAAUCAGAUGGAUUUCCCGCAAACAACACAAAGUAAAUUUCAAAAUGCAUCGACCCUCACUAGACAAGAUCUAUCUGUGAAAGAGAAAUUGGGUUCUGAUUUUCGACAAUGGCAACAAGUGAAUAGAUCGAGGGGACAACCCAGUGAAAAUUCUGUUACAUUCAAGAUAAUGUCUUACAAUGUACUGGCACAAGAUCUGUUGGAAAGACACCGAAAUCUUUACAAGGACAAUGCACAAUCAUGCCUCAAGUGGAACUUUCGGUUUGAAAAGAUUUACAAUGAAAUCAAGAGGCACAACUGUGAUAUCUUGUGUUUGCAAGAGGUUCAACAAAAUCAUUUGGAUUCCUAUUACAGAAAGUAUUUGUCUGAACUGGGCUACAACACUAUCCUUUAUAAAAAGAGAACGGGGGACUGUCCAGACGGCUGUGCAAUAUUCUAUAAUUCGAAUUUGUUUACGCUUAUAGAGUCUCAAACGGUAGAGUACUUUCAACCCAAUGUCAGUGUCCUGAAUAAAGACAAUAUUGGACUGAUUGCCAAGUUCGCGCCUAUUGGAUACGAAUACUGCUCUUUUAUUGUCGCGACCACACAUUUACUUUACAAUCCCAAUCGUCACGACAUUCGAUUAGCACAAAUUCAAUUAUUUUUAGCUGAAAUCGAUCGGGUAUCUUUCAACGUCUCUCACCAUGUACCUGUAAUAAUAACGGGCGAUUUUAAUUCUAUGUAUAACUAUGCACCGGUGCGACUUUUAUUGACGGCCAAGUGCCCAUUCGAUAAUGUGCAAAAGAAUGGCCUGUUACCAUAUCAAUUGGGAGUUUCUGAUAAUUGCCAGCAUGUAAGACUAGUCGCGGCUCGACGUAAAAAACCGUACAUGUCUCAGGAAAUGCAAAGGAAGUACGUGCAUUUACAUCACGGAGAUUAUCCGCAAGCGACAGAUAAUCUGAAAGAAAACAACUCGCUGUUCAACACCGGCUAUUUGACUCACAAUUUUGCAUUUAAAAGUAUAUACGAUAAUCCAAGUGCAGAAGCUACAACAUAUCAAAACAGAUGGUUAACCGUUGAUUAUAUUUUCUACAGCGGAAGAAACGCUUCCAAGUCUCCAAACAAGAAUCACUUUAAAGAAGACAAACUUGUAUUACUCUCAAGAUACUCUCUACCAGUGGGUAGUAAAUUGCCAUCAGUGACAAUACCUAAUGAGAAUUUAGGUUCCGACCACUUAUCGCUGAUGGCCGAGUUCAAAUUGAUAUUAUAAAUUGUCAGUUUUUAUUAUAUAUUAUAACAUAUAUUUAUAUUUCGUUUUCAUUUUUUCGUUGUUUGCAUUUAUUUGAAGCAUUUACAAUUUGUAUGUCGUAUCUUUAUGACAUCCAAAUGAUGCCAUGUGAGAAUUUUAUUAGUGUUUACGUGUUUCUUUAAAAAAAAGGUAUGU